UCUUCCAAACACUUCAUUCUUUACCUGAACGUUAUUCGUCUGUUUAUCGGCUUUUCGUUUCCACUUUUCAUGUUUAAAUUUUUCAACAUAAUGUUUCAUCUUUAUUGUUAAGUUUAAUCAACUUUUGGUCAACGUUUUAAUCAAAGUGAAAAUGGAAAAUUCAACUUUCGAAAAUUGUUCCAAUGCGAUUUUUCACUGAAUUUUACUGAAUUUUAUCUCGUUUUUUCCGCUUAAUUCAACUUUCAUUUCAUCCUUUUCAAGUCAUUAAUCAACAAAUAUGGAUUACAUUUUUAAAUCAUCAUCUCGCAAUCAAUGUUUUCAAGGCAAAUUACACCAGAUUGCCAAUCUAGCGGUUAAAUCAUCAUCAUGUAUCUUUUUAAUUUUAUUGCUAUUAAUUAAUAAUUUACCCGUUCAAAGUCAAAGGCAUAAAGGGCGGAAUUUUAAUGGAGCAGCUUUAUCAGCUUUAAUUGACAUUUCAAAGGGUUACUCUGCUUCCUCACCACCUCUGGAUGGUACAUCAUUGUCAGCCUCAAUUAUUGGCGGUGAUUUAAGACGUAACACAGUGCUAAAGGAAAUUCCCUCGCCAGCAUUAGGAUUAAAUGAUAUUAUAAAUCAAGCUGAAAAUACUGUAAGAAGACGGAUUGAAGAGCUUGAACCAAGUAUUCUUUCAAGUGGAGCGAUUCAAGUUCCAGGAUCUCAAGGUUGGUUCCUUGCUGCAGCUUCACGAACCAAAAUUGUUGCCAAAAAUUUUUCUCGUCCAGCGUUAAUUGCUGAAGAAACCUCAAAGAUAAUUGCUAAUAGCCUUAAACUAUCGGGAAGUGAUUUAAGUACCAGUUUAGCUUCAACUGAUUUAAGAGGGACUCGUCUUGAUGCUGAAUGUCCACGAAAAGCUGUUCUUUUACCAUGUCAUCCUGGUAAAUAUCGAUCGUUCUCAGGACACUGUAAUAAUGUUAAACAUCCAUAUUGGGGAAACUCAGUGACAACAUAUGUUCGUUAUGUUCCUGCUCAAUAUGCUGAUUCUAUAUCAUUACCGAGAGCGUCCAUCACCGGAGAUGCACUUCCAUCAGCUCGAGAUGUUUCACUUAGAGUACACCAAGGAUCAGAAGUUGAACAUCCUCACAUAACAACUCUUCUGGUCUUUUUCAGUGAAUUUGUUUUCCAUGAUUUACAUCAUACAGCUCAAAUGGUUGGUUACCGUGGUCAUCGUAUUAAAUGUUGUGGUUUAAAAUCAAAUGAUCUUAUCCAUCCAGAAUGUUUACCGAUAAAAGUGCAAAAAAAUGAUCCACUCUUCAUUGAAAUGAAACAAACUUGUAUUGAUUACGUCCGAUCUUGUCCUGGUAUUCGUCUUGGUUGCUCACUUGGACCCAGAGAACAAGUUAACCAGGUCACAUCUUUUUUGGACGGCUCUGCUAUUUAUGGUUCUUCGGAAGAAGAAUCUCGUCUCAUUCGAAGUUUUAAAAAUGGCUUACUUAAAUCUCAAUUCAUUGAAGGUAAAGGAGGUGUUAAACGUGAACUUUUACCAGCUAUGGAUGGUGUUCAAGAUUGUCGUGGAACAAUGAACCAUGUUGCUGGUAAAGGAUGCUUCUAUGCUGGAGAUAUUCGAGUUAAUGAAAAUGUCGGAUUAACUUUAAUGCACACUUUGUGGUUACGAGAACACAAUAGAAUUGCUCGUCAAUUGGCAUUGCUUAAUCCUCAUUUUAGCGAUGAAAAAUUAUUCCAGGAAACCAGAUCAAUUGUUAGUGCUCAACUUCAACACAUAGUUUAUUCUGAACUUAUCCCUGCUCUUCUUGGAUCAGAGGCUGUUACUCAAUAUGAUUUAGCUCCAUUAAUUGAUGGCUUCUAUUCUGGUUAUAAUAUGGACUUGAAUCCUGGCAUGGAUAAUGCUGUAGCUACUGCAGUUUUACCUUUCCUUUUUUCAAUGUUACCAUCGCGUAUGGAACGAUACUCUUCCAAAUUAACAAUGCUUGGAACUCGUAAAAUGUCAGAUACAUACUUCAAUCCAUCAGAUCUUUAUGAUGUAGCUAAAUUUGACGAAUACUUGAUGGGACUGAUUUCUCAAAAUGCAUACCAACCUGAUGUAUUUGUGUCUCGUGAAUUAACUAAUAACAUCGGUCAAGAUCCAAAAGAAGGUCUAGAUUUAGUUGCGAUCAUUAUCCAACAAGGACGUGACCAUGGUAUUCCUAGUUACACCGAAGUCCGUCGACAAUGUGCAAUCGAGCCAGAAGUACGUAGUUGGGAUGAUUUGACAACCUUCUUGAAUGUUUCAGUGGUUCAGAAGUUAUCAACCGUUUAUAAACAUGUUAAUGAUAUUGAUCUCUUCACCGGAGGAUUAGCCGAGUCUCCUCUUCCUGGAGCAGUUGUUGGACCAACUUUUACUUGUUUACUUGCUAGACAGUUCAAUGCUCUUCGACGAGGUGAUCGAUACUGGUAUGAAAAUGAUUUGCCACCUUCAGGAUUUACUAAAGCUCAACUGAAGGAAAUCCGAAAGGCCAGUUUGGCAAGAUUAAUCUGUGCAAACGGUGAUAAUAUGGCUUUUGUGCAACCUUCCACUAUGGUUCUGUCGGAUGCUUAUCUCAAUGCAUUCCAAUAUUGUUCAAAUAUCCCUACAAUGUCUCUUGAACCUUGGAAAACUGAAUCCAUGCCCGACCGUAUUCCUCGAUCUUUAAUGAAAGAUACUCUUGAUAAAGCAGCAAAACAAAUUACUACAAUACGAGAACUAGAACGAUCAUCAAUUUCCAAAGCAGCAUCCCGUGGUAGUCCUCAAGCUGAACAUUUAGGUUUCAAUCGCCCUAAAAGACAAGCUCUCGAAAUGGGAAAUUCAUCACUUGUUUUAGAAAUAAUAUCCAACAAUCUAGUAAGAUCACUUCUUGAGAGAAACAAAGAUCGAGAAACUGGUCGAUCUAUAAAAUUAGCUUUGGAAAAUAUCAUGACAAUGUUGCCUGAAAUUGAUCUCGGUGAACUUGGAGAAACUUAUGCUCAAAUUGCUGCUCUCAGAUCUGAUGAUUGUUUUGAAGAACCAAUGCCUUGUGAUCAUACCAGCGCUUUCCGAACUUAUACAGGCUGGUGUAAUAAUCUGAAAAACCCAACUGCGGGUAAUUCAUUGAAAGCAUUUGAUCGCUUCCUUCCACCUCGCUAUGAAGAUGGUAUUUCUUUGCCACGUAAAAAAAGUGUUACUGGUAAAACGCUUCCCUCUGGUCGUUUAGUGUCUACUUCAAUGCACUAUGAUAUCAGUUCACCUCAUGCUCGCUAUGCACUAGUAACAAUGCAAUUUGGUCAAUUCCUCGAUCAUGAUUUAACCUUUACUCCAAUGUACAUGGGACCAGGUAAUACAAUAUUAAACUGUAAAUCUUGUGAUUCUCGGAAAACAGUUCAUCCUCAAUGUUGGCCAAUUGUAAUUCCGAAAAAUGAUCCCUAUUUCCCAUCUACAAACUCAACUACUGGCAAACGACAAUGUUUACAUUUUGUUCGUUCAAUUAAUGGUCAAACUCGUCUUGGUGCUAGAGAACAGAUAAAUCAAAUUACUCCAUUAAUCGAUGGAUCGAAUGUUUAUGGAUCAGAUCCUUGCGAGGCUCGCAUGUUAAGAAGUUUUACUGGAGGUCGGAUGAAUGUAACUCGUCAUCCUAUUCCUGGCUUUAAGGAUCUUCUUCCACAAACCGCAACCCAUCCCGAAUGUGUGGCCCCAUCAGGCCUUUGUUUCGAAGCUGGAGACAUUCGAUCAUCAGAACAACCAAGUCUUGCUUGUAUGCACACCAUUUGGCUGCGUCAACACAACAAAAUUGUCGGAGAAUUGGCUGAAAUCAAUCCUCAUUGGGAUGAUGAACGACUUUAUCAAACUGGACGUAAAAUUGUCGGAGCUUUACUUCAAAGAGUAACUUACAAUGAAUUCCUUCCUCGUGUUUUGGGUAUUGAUUACAUGAACAGAUACGGACUCACUCUAGCAACUUCAGGUUAUUACGAGGAUUAUGAUGAAGAUUGUCGCCCAGUGGUUUUCAAUGAAUUUGCUGCUGCAGUUUUCCGUUUCGGUCAUUCUCUUUUACGUCCUUCUUUUGCACGAUUGGGUCAAACUUUCAGAGCUGUGGAUGGACCUAUCAAACUUCGAUCUUCUUUCUUCAAUUCAGAUAUGCUUUAUUCAGCUGGAGCUAUUGAUGCCAUUCUUCGAGGAAUCAUAACAAAUAGUGUUGAAACUCUUGACAAUUCAAUUACAGAAGAAGUCACGAAUCAUUUGUUCGAAAAUAAAAAAGUUCCCUUUUCAGGAAUGGAUCUCAUUUCCUUGAAUAUUCAAAGAGCCCGUGAUCAUGGUCUUCAACCGUAUAACGAAUACAGAGUAAAGUGUAACCUGACUCGAGCAAAGACAUUUGAAGAUUUGUCUGGUGAAAUAUCGCCCAACUUGAUUGCUAGACUGAAGAAAAUUUAUGAGCAUGUCGAUGAUAUUGACUUAUUUACUGGUGGAAUCUCGGAAUCUCCAUUACAUGGUGGAUCUGUUGGACCAACCUUCGGCUGUAUUUUGGGUAUUCAAUUCAGAAGACUGAAACAAUGUGAUCGAUUCUGGCAUGAAACCAGUAAUCCUUUUAUACGUUUUACUGAAGCUCAACUCACUGAAAUCCGUAAAAUAAGCUUAGCCAAAGUAAUCUGUGAUAAUUCAGAUUCAAUCGAUGUUAUCCAACGUCACGUCAUGGAUCUUCCAGAUUCGUUUUUGAAUCCGAGAGUUUCAUGUUCAUCUUUACCAUCUAUUGAUGCAUCUAAAUGGCGUGAUACAGGAGAUUCAUGUUUAAUGGCUGGUAAAUUGGUUAAAACAGGCCGAUCCAUGAGGCCAUCACCUUGUACAAUGUGUAUUUGUACCAAUGAGGGUCCAAUAUGUCAUUCAAUGAAGGUGAAAAAUUGUUUCAAUUUGCUGGCGUCUUAUGAACACAAUCAAAUCUUGGAGGACAACGUCUGUGCAGUUCAAUGUUCAUUUGCCAUGAAAGUUGCUAAACUUCCCUAAAUUUAAACCUAACAUCUAAAACUUCAUUAUCAUCAUCGUCCAGGAUCAUCCUCAGGAUCAUUAUCAGGACUAACAUCAUCGCCAAUAUCAUUAUCAAUGUCAGCUGCAUCAACCAGAUGUAAUGAAAGAAAAGUAUUAAAUAUACCUUUAGAUGGAGGUAACUGUUAUUCAAACCUGAAACUUGGACUUACAAUUUGCUCCAUCUUGGCUUGGCCUUAUCAUUUCAUCUGUCUUAUUUUGACAGUAUCUUGCACCAUCUUUAUGCAACACUAUCAUUAUAAUUAUCAUCAUCUUCAUCACAAUCACCACCGUUAUGUGUAGUAUCAUUGCCAUCAUCACCUUCUCACCUCUACCCAUCAUCUAAUGUGUCUACAUGUCUCUUGGUAAAUCUAUUUUACCUGUUUUCCCUCUUGAUAAAUUACACUUUUCUCAAAAAAAAAUACAAAGUAAUAAGAAAUAGAAUUGAAACUGUUCAUUCUCUUCAUAAUCAUCAACAUUACCAUCCACAUCAUCACCAUCUUCUUAUUAUUAUUCUUCCUCGACCAAUCACUCAAAAUUGCAUCUAAAAAUCAACUUUACAUUAUUGUCAUCAAUUUACUGCCAAAAAUGCCAAGGAAUGUCUCAAUUAUAUUUGAUAUCAUUAUCAUAACUUGAUUAGGAUUGUUGCAUUGUUUCCAGUAUUUCAUGGUCUUCACAUAUCUUUACAUCUCUGCUGGUUCAACAUGCAAACUCAAUGAAAAGUUGAGGCACAGAAACGACAAAUAAAAAACAUGAAUAGCAUGAGAACAAAACUGUAACUUCUCAAUUUUUGGUUUUGUUUUUACAGAUAUUCAGGGAAACCAAGCGCAACUGUUAAAUUGAAAUAAUUUUUCAUCAAACUACAGUGUUUAUUGAUCACAAGUAGUUGCAAACACUUGAAAAUAACUACCAAGUCAAAUGUAUUUUAAAACAAACAAAUCAAUAACUAUUGAAAUAAAUGUCUAAAACCUGGUUUCCCAUUUCACCUUAAA